AUGUGGAGACUUAGAAUUGGAGCUAAAGCCGGAGAUGAUACUCACUUGUUCACCACCAACAACUUCGUUGGGAGGCAGAUUUGGGAGUUUGAUGCCAACGCGGGAUCUGCAGAGGAACUCGCCGAGGUCGAGGAGGCUCGUAGGAGUUUCUCACACAGGAAGUCACAUUACAAGACCAGUGCCGAUCUCCUUUGGCGGAUUCAGUUUCUUAGAGAGAAGAAGUUCCAGCAGAAGAUUCCGCGAGUGAGAAUAGAGAGUGCAGAGAAUAUAACGUAUGAAGAUGCAAAGACAGCAUUGAGAAGAGGGUUACUUUAUUAUACAGCCUUGCAGGCUGAUGAUGGACAUUGGCCUGCUGAAAACGCUGGUCCCAUUUUCUUUAACGCCCCUUUUAACGAAGAUGGUGGGUGGGGAUUACACAUAGAAGGCCAGAGUACUAUGUUCUGCUCAGUCAUCAACUACAUUUGCUUACGAAUUCUGGGAGUAGAAGCCGGUCAUGAUGAUCAAGAAAGUGUUUGUGCAAGGGCUCGUAAGUGGAUCCUUGACCAUGGUGGUGCUACCUACACACCCUUGAUCGGAAAAGCUUGGCUAUCGGUUCUUGGAGUGUAUGAUUGGUCUGGAUGCAAGCCUAUACCUCCUGAGUUCUGGCUCCUUCCUUCUUCUUUUCCAGUAAAUGGAGGUACUCUCUGGAUAUAUUCACGGGAUAUUUUCAUGGGGUUGUCAUACUUGUAUGGUACAAAAUUUGUUGCUACCACAACACAUCUGAUUAUCCAGCUCCGAGAAGAGCUUUAUCCUCAGCCUUACGCCAAUAUCAAUUGGAGCCAAACGCGAAACCGAUGUGCAAAGGUAAUGAAGUACAUGGAUGUUAUUUUGUAUUAA